CUUUGGUCGUGCAUAAUAAGCAGUAGCAGACGAGCUCGCAGCUCGGCGCAUGUGUCCUACUAUCUUCUGCUUUUUUCCAUCGUUAAAAAAUAUUUCGGCCAACAAGACGGGACCAGGAAGCUUCUUACUGGCUGUUUGGUAGAUUGAGAAGGUUUAAGUGAAUGCACGAAGCGAGGAACGCUUGCAGACUGCAAAUUAUUUGAGGUUUAGGGCGAGAGACAUGGUGGGUUUGGAGUAGAACGUUUAAAUUGGAAGCGAGCUCUGUUUCUACCGUCGUUCGGAGCUCUAUUCUGCAAGCAUGAAGCGAGGAAAGCCAAAUUUAACAAUUCCUACCUCCUCUUCAUCAGCUCCACAAGCUUCCAACGAUGAGAAUGAUGUUGGCCUGCAAAAAGUAGAAGAAGUUCGCAAAAAAUUAGACGAUCUUAAUUUGGACGAAAUACAGCGAAGACGCCUGGAAGAAUUUUUGAACGAGAAACGAAAAAUCGGUGAACUGAGUAAUGAUGAUUUCGAGAAAAUCACUGAACUGGGAGCAGGCAACGGUGGUGUUGUUACGAAAGUGUUGCACAAACCAACAGGCCUGAUAAUGGCAAGAAAGUUGAUCCAUCUAGAGGUCAAACCCGCCAUUAGAACGCAAAUUAUCCGAGAGUUGAAGGUCCUACAUGACUGCAAUUCCCCUUACAUUGUUGGAUUUUUUGGAGCCUUCUACAGCGAUGGAGAAAUUUCGAUAUGCAUGGAGCACAUGGAUGGAGGCUCACUUGAUCUGAUACUCAAGAAGGCUGGAAGGAUUCCUGAAGACAUUUUAGGCAAGAUUAGCAUCGCUGUGUUAAAAGGUCUUUGUUACCUGAGAGAAAUCCACCAGAUUAUCCAUAGAGAUGUUAAGCCAUCCAACAUCCUAGUGAACUCAAGAGGAGAGAUUAAAAUGUGUGACUUUGGUGUCAGUGGACAGUUGAUAGAUUCAAUGGCGAACUCCUUUGUUGGGACGAGGUCCUAUAUGUCGCCAGAGCGGUUACAAGGAAAUCAAUAUACCAUCCAAUCAGAUAUCUGGAGCUUUGGGCUCUCGCUUGUCGAGAUGGCGAUAGGACGCUAUCCAAUACCGCCGCCAGACCCACAGGAGAUAGAAAAAGUCUUGAGUAGGGAACCCUCUAGUAUGGCCUCGCCCAUGUCUGUGGGCCGCCUCCCGCCUGGUGUAAGGCCCCCCAGUGGUGUAAAUAAUGAGACAAGACCUAUGGCAAUAUUUGAACUGUUGGACUACAUAGUAAACGAGCCUCCUCCAAUUCUUCCUGGUGCACAUUUCUCACCAGAAUUUUGUGAAUUUGUUCAAAAGUGUCUUGUCAAAAAUCCCAAGCAGAGAGCAGACCUUACUUAUCUUAUGACUCACAAGUUUAUUGCUAAAGCGGACAAGUCCAACGUUGACUUUGCCAAAUGGAUAUCUCAAUUCCUAUCAGAGGACAGCAACUCACAGUAAAAUAUUAUCUUUUAAUGCAAUACCAUGAUGCCAUGUGCGUAAUGGUUUUUGAACUUGUUACAUUUGCCAUCUGGAAUCUGAUGAAACCCAAGAAAUAGCAGGGCUCUGAUAAUGGUAGGAUAAUGUUAUGGCUAUGGGGACACUGUGAAGCAAUGAUUUUGUAAAAAUCUCUAAAAGAUAAAAGAAUGGCUUAGAAAAAGCAGAUAAAUACUUGUUAUAAGUGCUCAAGGUACCUUGAUAGGACAGGGUAAUUUACAGGCAGAUUCUGUAUAAUAAGACAGCUUUUCUAUUCUUUCACAUGCUCCUUUUUCCGUCCUCCUCUUGAUUUCAGUCUUUGUCCUUGGCUAAACUACUCUCACUGAGACAAUAUGAUCAUAAACAAAUUAAUAAGAGGGAAGUCCAGCGUACAAGUGUGACUAGAUCAUUAUAAUUUUAUGAAUGAUGACUGAGAAAAGUGCCUCAUACUAGCUACCAACCUUCCCAGGGUACCAGAGCCUCCAGACUUCUCUCGCCCAGUGCCGCCCAGCCAAAAUGCUGCCAAAAUACUAGCAACCCUGUAUAUGCACAGACUCGCAAAUGAUUUGAUAAUGUGAUGUAAAGAUUCUUUCUCAAUUUUCAUCACUGGGUCUGUAAAUUUUGCUUGUUAUGAUUGCCCUGAUUUUAGAACCAAUAUCUAUGUUGUCAACCUUUUCUAGUUAUAAACGCGGCAUGUGGUUUUUUUUUACAACAAUUCAGAUCAUUGCAAGCUGUUUUGAGGCUCUGAAGGUAAAAAAAUGUACCUUGUUUAUUAAUAUAUUAUAUUAUUUUGCUGUGCAAUUCUUCGCACUUUAUUUCACUAUUUUUAUUCCUCUCUUCUCAAGUUUUUCUAUUUAAGCAUUAAGUAGUGUAUAAUUGUGAUUUGCUGUAUAAACUAUGAGGGCAAUGAUGGCAUACAUGGUAAUUUUGUCUUUGCAUGCCUUAAGGGGCGUGGUCAAAGGGGGAUGUCAUAGGUUUCAUGUACCCCUUCCCUUAUAUCUGCUGUCAUGAGGUAAAGACCAGGACACUGCAUGGCUUUGUUAUUUUAAGAUUUCUUUAUGUGAUUUGCCUUCCAAUACGGAAUUAAAACAUGGCUUUGACGUUUAGUUCGCUAAAGCUCUAAAUCAGAGGCAAAUUUCAGAUCUAAAACUCUUUUAAUGUACUUCAUAUAGAAAAUACUUAUGAACAAUUUACAGCUUUUGGGGGGGAGGGGGAGUGUGUUAUGAUAAAUUUAUCUAACCUGGGUUACUUGUGUCCAUGUAGUUUGGUGAGCCGCCAUUGGCUCUUUGCAUUUGUAAAGCUUGAUGUAUUGGUAAGAUACCUGUGGUACACUUGUUAGAGGUAUGACAUCACAAUACGGUAUAUUUCAUCUUGGUAACCUCCUUGCCAAUCGCCGCAACUAGUUUGAAGAAUAUGCUUUUUUACAAUUGCGCUUGUUCUGGUCAAUGACUUUUUUGAUCAAUGAACUUGGAGGUUUUUUAAGACUGAAAUAAUUCCUAAGAGGUCUUAGUGUAGCCAACUCUGUGCUUGUUGUUGGUCCUGUUACCGUAAUGACCGUGUUGUGAACUUUCUUCUACUAAAAAGAACUUGCAAUAAAAUGUAAAAAUAAUAUGUAA